CAUUUUCCAAUAACAAAACUGUAAAAACAAAAGAAUCCAGUUUCCGGAUACCAGACAGAGAAGAAAAGAAAGAAGAUGACAUUGGGGACGACGACACAAGCAUACGGAGAACCAUCAUACUGGGACAAUAGGUACACACAAGAUCCAGGACCAUUUGAUUGGUACCAAAAAUAUCCAGCUUUAUCUCCUCUUCUUCAUCUCUAUGUACCUCUACAUAAUCGUGUUCUUGUCAUUGGAUGUGGUAAUGCAGCUAUCAGUGAAGACAUGGCCAAUGAUGGGUUUGAGGAUAUUGUAAACAUCGAUAUUUCGUCGGUGGUGAUUGAAGCUAUGCAAACAAAGUAUCAAGACAUUCCUGCUCUCAAAUAUAUUCAAAUGGAUGUCCGAGAUAUGAGUGGUUUUGAAUCAGGGUCUUUUGAUGCUGUUCUUGAUAAAGGAACUCUGGACUCUAUUAUGUGUGGCCAUAAUUCGCAAGACAAUGCGUCUAAAAUGCUGGAGGAGGUCGGAAGGGUCCUCAAGGAUAAUGGAGUGUACAUUCUGAUUACAUACGGAGCUCCAGCUUAUCGGCUACCAACGUUGAAAAAACUGUCCUUGUGGACAAUAAAGUUACAUGUUGUAGAGAAGCCCAUGGCUGAUGGAAACUCAGAGCAGAUAAAAUGGGAGUUAACAAAUCCUGUAUCCUUGGACGAGUCAGGUAGUUCAGUUGAGACAGCUCUCGGAAGGACUCCAGAAGUCCAUUUUAUUUAUGUCUGUACCAAGGACGAGUCUUUACAAUCUUCGAGUUCGAAGCAGGAGAUCGAGUUUUGAAGGAAAAAGUAAUAAGGAGAUUACCUCCAAAGUUUUGUGUGAAACUUAUAUAUCAUGUUUCUUGGAUUCAGAUUUAUCAGUAAAUAAGGGGUCACUGUCAUAUCUCAGUUCAGUAAACCUUUUGUAGAUAGGAACUAUUCACUGUUCAGGGCAAUAAGAAUAAAUCAGUAAUUUGUAAAACAACAAUUCCAUGUAAAUUUGAAUCGGAAACAAAUUGAUUACCAA